AUGCACAUCUCCACUCCCGCCCUCCUCAUACCCCUCAUCCUCGCCGCCCUCGCGGCCACCACUCCCGUCCCCGCCAACUCCGACCCGACCCCUGCCACCACCUCCACCACCACCUUCACCCCAACCCCCCACCUCCUCCCACGCGCCCCCGCAAGAGCCAAAAAAGUGUCACCACCGCCCCCACCCCCCCCACCCCGCCGCAUUAACGCAGCGCCACGAACGCAAUGGGGCGGAGCCCCACGAACGCAAUGGGCCGGAAACUCACCACCAUCGUUUCAGGUACGGCCGGGUAUAGGUCUCUCGGGUGGUCAAUGGACAGUGCCUAAACCACCACGGGUGGUCGGAGGCCCACGGGGAGUACCUCCCUCACGAGGCGCCGGAGGUGGAGGUGGACGUCCACGCCCGGCGCAGAGGCCGAAGCCGAGGAGGGGUUGA